GUGGCCUCCCCGCCAUUCUCCUGCGAUGGAUUCUCUCUCUAAAUCUGAUGUUCUCAGCGUAAUUGCAGGAGUCGCAUGUGGAGUAUGCCUGGGCUGGGGCAUUCGUGGACGAUUCUUUAAGCCAUCCAAAGUCAAAAUGCCAGUGCUUGCAAAUGAGCUGGGGAAUGAAGCCAGCAUAAUGGGAGAGUCUGGCGAAUACAAGAUGGUACUGAUAGUUCGCAAUGAUUUAAAGAUGGGAAAGGGUAAAGUAGCAGCACAGUGUUCUCAUGCUGCAGUUUCUGCCUACAAGCAAGUUCAACGAAGAAAUCCUGAGCUGCUUAAACAAUGGGAGUAUUGUGGACAGCCAAAAGUGGUUCUCAAAGCCCCAGAUGAAGAGACUCUAGUUCAACUCCUUGUUGAAGCGAAAGAGCUGGGAUUGACUGUGAGUAUAAUCCAAGAUGCAGGUCGUACUCAGAUAGCACCAGGUUCCCGGACUGUACUAGGUAUCGGACCAGGACCAGCUGUUAUAGUGGACAAAGUUUCUGGCCAUCUCAAACUCUUCUAAGAUGGAGAA